AUGGCAACGGGCUAUUCCACGGGUGCAUCACCUUUUGGUUUGGAUGACAAUAGUCACAAUGAUUCAAUUCAUCAUCGUCACCAAAAACAACACAACCAGAGCCCUGAUUCUUUGGAUGUUUAUGAACAAGACGAUAUUGAAAUUGAGGAUAUCAUUCAAAAGACAUCGCAACUUCACAUCAAUACUCCCACGUCAACAAGAAUAAAAAACUUUUUCUUCCCCUCAUCAAGACGUCACAAUGCAAAUUCAUCGUCACAUUCCCCACAAUUGAGGGAAGUGUUUAUUAAAACCAUUAAUCCGCUAAUAUUAACCGCAAUUUCAAGUUUCGUUCGACUUUAUCGUAUUGACGUGGCCAAUAGCGUUGUAUGGGACGAAGCACAUUUUGGAAAGUUUGGUUCACAAUACCUUAAACGACAGUUUUAUUUUGACGUGCAUCCACCAUUGGGUAAAUUGUUAAUAGGAUUGUCGGGAUAUUUGGCUGAUUACGAUGGCAGUUUUGAAUUUGAAAGUUCAAAUGUUUAUUCUGAUAAUGUUAAUUACGUGUUUAUGAGAAUUUUCAAUUGCUUUUUCGGAAUUCUUGUUACACCGUUAGCAUACAAAACUGCUGUAUUACUAGGGUAUAACCAGUUUACUUGUUGGUUGAUUGCCUUUAUGGUAAUUUUUGAACAAUUGUCUUUGACAUUAUCAAAGUUUAUUUUAUUGGAUUCAAUGUUACUAUUUUUCACGGUUUUGACAAUGUAUUGUUUGAUUAAAGUACACACUUUAGCUAUGGCCCGUGGUGGUAGCAAUACCAGGCCACCAUUAACGAAAUUGGAAAUCAAAUGGUUUAUUCUAGCUGGUAUUUCAAUAGGGUGUGUCUGUUCUGUUAAAUGGGUAGGAUUAUUUGUUACAGCUCUAGUUGGAUUUUAUACAAUUUUUGACUUAUGGCUUAAGUUUUAUCAAACUUUCGCUAUCGACGACAAGUCUCCUAAAAAAAUGUCAGUUGGCAGUUAUUUAAUUCAUUGGGCUGUUAGAAUUGUUACAUUGAUAAUUAUCCCCAUAACAAUUUAUGUUGCCACUUUUAAAGUACAUUUUAUGGUAUUGAAUCAUACCGGGCCUGACGAUGGUACCUUAUCAACUUUAUUACAAGGAUCAUUAAUAGGAAAUGAUCUACAAUCCGGCCCUAGAUCAGUGGCUUUUGGGUCAUUGGUUACUAUUAGAUCACAAGGAUUAUCGCCUAAUCUUAUUCAUUCACACCCCCAUAACUAUCCUCAAGGGUCACAAGAGCAACAAGUAACCACAUAUGGGUUUAAGGACGAUAAUAAUGAGUUUUUGUUUGAGUUUGGUGUUGAUGCCGGGUUACGCAAUCAACACGCGACAUUAGAAAAUGGAAAUAGUACUGCGAGUGGUGGUGAGGAUGACGAUGAUGAUUAUUACCAUGUAAUAAUUCAUGAUGGUGAUACUGUGAGAAUCAACCACAAAAACACCGGGUGCUAUUUACGAGCCAAUGCUGUAGGUGCUCCUGUGACUUCAAGUAGUUAUGAAGUGUCAUGUUUUGGUGAUGUUGAAAGUAAUGAUUGGGCAGAUGAAUGGGUAAUAGAAAUUCAAACACAAGACCAAUCACCGGAUCCAAUUUUCCAGGAUGAAGACCGGCUGGAAAUACACUCAGUGUCGACUAGUUUCCGAUUGAAACACAAACAAUUAGGAUGCUAUUUGGCUACCACUGGGAAAUCGUACCCAGCGUGGGGGUAUCAACAGGGUGAAGUUGUUUGCAAAUAUUCUGUUUUCAGUCGUGAUAAAAAUACGUGGUGGAACAUUGAAAAACAUGUUAAUGAUAAAUUGCCAUUACCACCAACUGAAUAUGUGCCACCAAAACCAAAAUUCUGGAAAGAGUUUAUUCUUUUGAACUACGCCAUGAUGGCAUCCAACAAUGCCUUGAUCCCUGACCCAGACCGAUUUGAUAAACUCAGUUCUGAGUGGUGGGAAUGGCCAAUAUUGAACACUGGCCUCAGAAUGAAUAGUUGGGGUGACGCCGAUAUUAAAUAUUUUCUUUUGGGUAAUCCAUUGAUCACUUGGUUGUCAACAAUGGCGUUGAUUGCAUGUCCCGUUUACUUAUUGAUUGUUGGCAUCAAAUAUCAACGACAAUGGAUAUCAUUAUCAGCAACAGACGCUAGCAACACCAAUUCAGUGAACAAGCAGACAUUAUCAUUACUAUCGGCUCGAGCAUUGCUUCCAUUGGCAGGGUGGGUUUUGCAUUAUGUUCCGUUUAUUUUAAUGGGAAGAGUCAAGUAUCUUCAUCAUUAUGUCCCAGCAUUAUAUUUUGCCAUCUUUAUUGCUGGGUUUAUUGUUGAUGCCAUAGUAAAUUUGGAUUUUUCUUAUCAUAACAAUAAAUUUCAGUAUAUAUUCAAAGUGGUGAUCUACUCAACGUUAUACUUGGUGAUUUGCAUAAGUUUUUGGUAUUUCAAAGAUCUUUCUUUUGGUAUGGAGGGGUCAUCGGUUGCUUUUCGACACUUACGACUUUUAGGUUCAUGGAUGAUAUAA